AUGAUAUUGACAACAACAGUAACAAAAGAGAAAGGAAUACGGACGCUGAUGAAUGAAAAGCUUCUGAUUGAACUUCUGGAUGACCUCACAGACCCACAGAAUGACGAUGUACAUAUACAGAACGUUUUGCUGGAACGAUGUCUCAAUGCAUCUAGAUCGGAACUGGAGGAGUUCGUUGCCGAGUUGCGUAACUCUUGUAUUUAUAUUCCAACCUUGAAAAUCUUCACUUCUCGCCUCUGCGAUGAACCUUUACGUUUAAAUUCGCAGGCAAAAUUGAAUGUCACAAUUCGCAAUCUUGCCUCGCUGUUACUCACCGAUGUCAUCAUGCAGAACCUGAAUCAUUCUGAUACUCCUGGAUUUGGAGAACUUCUUCAUAACUGCAUAGAACUUCUCUGGAAAUUUCGGGAAAAUAAGCCUGGCUCUUUGACCGAUAAUAAAGGAAACAAUGGGCUCAAUUUAUUCUUCCACACGACAAAAAUAAUUUUCAAAGCAAUCCUAGAUGCACGUGUCCUAGGAGUUUUGGUAACUUCCCCUCCGGGUCGCCGUUGUAUCAAGCGCAUUUUGUUCGAUUUCAGAAUGAUCAACCAAAUUGAACAAGAACAAAUUCUUAGUUCAGUGGACAUAGUCGCGGCUCUUGUGGAAAAAUGUUCUGAACACAAGGAAGUCUCGCCUCGUCAGGAAGAGGGAUUUUCCGCGUAUAAGGCCUGCACAGCAUUGUUAGAAACUCUAAAGAGUCAUCAAAAUGCGGAAAAAAUCUCGCUGGGUAACAGGAAAAACUCAUUGCCACCCAUGUUGCAUGAUAUGGUUAAGUUUGAUAGGUCUCAACAUUGGAACAGGAAGCGAGCAGCCACCAGCGCCCACAGCAACUCAGCGAACUCGGUGUCUAUGUCUAUUCAAGAUGAACAGUACCUCAAUCUGUUGGGGAUGCCGUUACCUCAAAAGCCAUCAGAUUUGCACAAUUUAUUGCGAGAACUUGAAAAACGGAAAAUAGAAUUAUUUCAGGAUUUAUUGGGAUUUUUACCAUGCACAAAUUGUCAUAAACGGGCCCUUAUUUCUUUUUUUCCCGACAAAUAUUUUUCGGAAGAAGAAUCAGAAGACAAUGAAAGCACACCUGAACGUCUUUUUCGCCUUCCAUUCGAAUUUGAUGAUAAUGACAAGCUUGGACCAUGGGAUAUCUUGCUUAGUGACGACACAAUCAAAGAUAUGCGACAAUUGGAGUCUCCUCUUGUUAUUAAGGCAAUCAUGAAGAAACUUGGACGGAUAUCAUCUGGGAAAUGGUACGAACUGCGACGGAAGGUGGAAACUCACAACAUUCCUGUAUUCGAGAUAGAACUCCUUGAUAAUGAUGGCUUGAAGAUUCUCUGGCAGGUUGAUUGUGGGUUCUCUGUUCGUAAACUUUCAUCCAUGCAACUUGUUAAGGUUUGGGCUAUUACCGCCAAUCAGGAACAAAUUAACACAAUAUUAGAAAAUCUCUCGAUAGUUCAUCAAGUUUAUACUUCCAAGCACAGUCAUUUGUGUACAAUCGAAAAAGUGGGUAAGGAUGAUGUAAUUUUACCGAUGAAACUCAGCGAGGAGGAGAUUAAGUCUUCUGAAGAAAAUUUGCAUAGCUCACAGAUAGAUGAUGAGAAGUUGCUAGAGGUUCAUAAAAUGCUAGUUACAAAUAAGUUUAUUCCCUUAUCAACGAACUUAUACAAGUCGCUAAUCUUGGGUGGUUUUGAUUUUACUUUCCAAGUAUCCAAGAAAGAGUACGAGAUCAUCAACAAUCCUUCAUCAGCGAUCAUAAUUGGUCGAUCAGGGACCGGCAAGACUACAUGCAUCGUAUUUAGACAGAUCGCUUCAUUCUUAAAUAGCCAGCUCUAUAAAACGACAUCCUCUCGUGAUAACUGUUACAAAAGACAGAUAUUUAUUACGGUUAGUCACAAUCUGUGCCGUCGGGUAAAGGAAUAUUUUAAUAGACUGCGAGAGUCUGCAGUACUUGCUGGAAAAAAGAUGAAUAUGGAGCAGUAUCAUGAGUAUAUUAGAAAAAAGGAAGAGGAAGGAGAUGAUAUUGAUUUAACUAAUCAUAUAAUGCUAGAAGAGGGAGACGAGGAACAGGAGUUUAGUGACGUUCCAGAUUCUUUCCGCGAUCUGACGGAUCAUCAUUUCCCAUUGUUUAUUACUUACGAUAAGUUCUCUAAAAUGCUUCAGGGAACUUACGAUAUUGAUGUUCGAAAGUUAACCAAACAAAAAAAACCAAGUUCAUAUAACACUUGUUCAUAUGAGGAUAAUGAUGAGGAAUCCAAUCUAACAUCCUCAUUUUUUAACAAAUCCGACUCAUCGUGGGCACAUUUUGUGAACUAUGAUCUUUUUCAGAAAAAAUAUUGGCCUCGCUUCAAUGACUAUAGCCGGAAACUGGAUUGCGAACUAGUUUACGCCGAAUUUUCUAUAAUUAAGGGUUCAAAUCCCGAGAUGGAUUGCCUAUCAAGAGAAGAUUACAGGGAAAUUAGUACCAAGAAAUACCCAGCAUUUUGUUCGAACCGUGAUCAAAUUUAUGAUUUAUUUCAACAAUAUGAAAAGAUGAAAGCACGGAAUGGUGAUUAUGAUUCGAUGGACCGAACACUAGCAAUCUUACGUUGUGCCAAAAAAAAGGCACUUGGAGGACCACAUAUUCAUGAAGUGUAUAUUGACGAAUGUCAGGAUAACCAAAUCGUGGACUUUGCACUUAUAUUGAAGGUCUUUGACAAUGUUGACGCUAUUUUUUUAGCCGGUGAUAUAGCACAAUGUAUUGCCCGAGGGUCUUCUUUCCGAUUCCAAGAUUUACGCGCUUUGAUGUAUCAAUGGGAACUUUCUCGGAUUCAAACUCAUCAGAAUCGGCGUGGCAUUGCAAAACCAAAACAAUUUGAACUGAAUAUUAACUACCGUUCUCAUAACGGGAUCCUUCAACUUGCCUCUUCAGUAAUCGAUCUCAUCUGGCGUUUUUUCCCUAAAUCAAUUGACCGAUUAUCGCGUGAACGCGGUGAAAUCGGCGGUCCACGACCCACCGUCUUUGACGGGUUUCGGGAAGAACAUUUAAAAAACUUAUGUACGGGUGGAUGCAUGACCGAUUAUAUCGAAUUUGGUGCAGAACAAGUGAUUAUUGUACGUAACGACAAAGCCAAAUUGCAUUUGAAAAAUCUAAUUGGUAAAGCUGCACUGGUGAUGACAGUGUUCGAGGCCAAGGGCAUGGAGUUUAAUGAUGUGGUUUUGUAUAAUUUCUUUACAGAUUCACCUGCGCUUUUGAAGUGGCGAGUAGUUCUUUCCGAUUUGAGUGAUAAGACUGAGGGGAUUCAGACCUUUUCCCACGAGAAACAUUACAUCCUUUCCUCAGAACUUAAGCAUCUUUACGUCGCUGUGACCAGGGCUCGGCAGCAUAUCUGGAUAUGCGAUGAAAAUGCUGAGUAUAGCAUGCCAAUCCGAAUGUACUGGACUCACCAUGAGCUAAUCAGGGUUACCGGAGACAUUAAUACCUUUUCUACUUUGGCCAAGAAGAGUACUUCACACGAAUGGAAUCAACAGGGGAAAAAUUUUUUUUUACAGCGACAAUACGAACAGGCAAUGUUCUGUUUCGAAAAGAGCGGAAACGAGGAGAGCUACAAACUAUCCAGUGCAUAUAAUCUUCAAAAGAUUGCUAGAGAUUCUGUAAAUAAUUCUGAUGAUAGUACCAUAAAGUCAAAUUUCAUUAGUGCUGCUCAGUCCUUUGAAAAGUGUUCCCGACCCACCCAGGCGGCUUCAUGCUACAUGGAUAUCCAAAUGUAUGAAGAAGCUGGUGAUGUAUACGCCGCUUGGAACAUGAACGAUUCCGCUGCGCUUUGUUACAGCAAGGCCAAAAUGUUUUGUGAAGCGGGCAAGUAUUUUGUAAAGGCAAAGAAGUAUACUGAUGCAGUUAUUGCCUAUAAAAGUGGUGGUCAUUAUGAAGAAGUAAUUGAUUUAAUGCAAAGGCACAGACAAGAAAUUGAUGAGAAAAUUUUUCACCGUAUUACCCGUCUUGUUAACAUCCAUUAUCGUCGGGAGAACAACAAGGUGAUGAGCGAGAAGGCCCUCUCCAUUAUUCCAACACAAGAGGAGCGGAUUGAGCUUCUAAAAGACCAUGCACCGGAAGAAUUUCUGGAGGUCUGUGAGAAAAAUGGUCAAUUUCGCGACGCUGCUGAAGAUCUGCUCUCGCGUGGGAAGUUUAAAGAAGCUGCGGAUAUGUUCAUUCGCUCGAUCUUUAAGGAUGAAGGUGUCAUCGAAGCGUUACAGUGCAUUUUACAUCUAUGCAGAUUAAAUAUAUUGAAAAGUACAAUGACGGAUACGAUAAGUCCAAGUAACACAGAGUUGCGCAGACUCCUUUGCAAAGCAUCUGAGACGUUAACUAAAAUAGAAUCACAAUGCUCAAAGACAUUGAAGAAAUCUGAGCCGUGGAAGAUUCUGAUGAAAGAAUUUCGGUUAUAUGACGCUUAUUUAGAUGAUGAUCUCCUUAGAGUCCACAAAUGCAUACAAUUUUUCAGAAAACGCGAAGAUUUUGUUGCUGAAUUUCGUGCAAUAAAUUUAUGGCUGAAGAUUCCCCAACAAUCCGAUAUUCAGUUUGAGUAUUGGCAUGAACGAUUGCAAUGUUUGCAGAGGUUGUGCAAAGACUUGGCCUUUCCUUAUAUAGCUCCACGUUGGGAUGUCAACCAUACGAUGGUCCGCAAGCAAUUCGAGAACAUUUUUGUUGUAAGCGAAGUGGAAAACCGUAAACAGAAACGGAAAUUUUCUUAUGACAACCCGCUUGUUCAGUGUAUUGGCGAGGAUAAGAUAGAAAAUAUGGACUACUGGCAUGUUUGUGAUGUAAAUGUUGUGCACCGGGCGAUCUUGAAUUUAUUUGUCUCAUAUAUAUAUGAACUCAUCUCGAAUGUCAACCAGAAGGGUAGAGAGAUUCCAUACAUAGGUAAUAGUAUUUGCUAUAAAUAUACAUCCUGCCAAAGGUCGUCAGAUUGCCAAAAACAUCACGUAGUUCCGUCCCCAUCGAUUCUGUACCAACGCCUCACACUUGCAUGUCUCCAAUACACCGUGAUGCGCCAGUGGGAUUUAUUAUAUCAUCGCCGACUUCUUAAAGAAGAGCAAAGUAAAAUUGUUCGUCCCGCAGAAAGGUGGUGGACCGAAAGACUGAUUAAUUAUCAUAUUCGCUAUCAGUCACCGCAGACAAGUUGCCCAGAGGUAACUAAUAUGGUACUUGCUAAUCAUAAGUGGUAUAAAUUAAUAAAUACCGCUGAUAAAAUAUGGCUAAGGGGUUUAUCCGAGAAUCCCAGCAACUUUGCGGUCAUGUUAAAAUGUAUGUUUGUUUUUCAGCAGUUGGGGUACAAUUGGAGCAUUAAUAAGUUUGAUUUGGAAAUGUCAAAAUUAAUAGGGCUUUCACACCCUAGUAAUUUACCCAUCGGUUAUGAUUACUAUGGAUAUAAUCAAGCGAUUCCAGUCGGAAAGCGACUUUCAUUAUUCUAUUGUUGGCUCUAUUCUAGGAAUUAUUAUUGCGUAACCAAAGCGAUCAUGCACAUAAAUAUAUUUAUUCAAUACGCUAUAGAUAACGCUGAAAGCGUAUACAUAAAUUCAUCUGAUGCUUUUUCUGAUCUUGUUUCUCUUGUGGAAUUCAAAGUGUCUUUAAUUUUCGCUAUCGCUCCUGGAUAUUGCAAUUUUUGCCUACCUCGGGCCUUUCUCGUUAAUUAUUUUGACGCAUGCACUACGGUGCCACUCAUUCCGAAUUAUCGAAGAGCAUACAACAGGGUGAAAUAUAAUGCUGCAAUCAAAAAUUCUCUAGAACAAGUUCAACAACUUCUCGAAUACUUGAUCUAUAAUGAACGGUUCUAUCAAUAUCAGAUAAUCAUCCUUCGACUGAUACGGCUUUUGGUUCUUAUUGGCAGGAACGAUUCCAAUUUUGCGGCGAGGGUAAUUAAUAUUUUCAAAUAUCUGAACCUGAAUAAAGAAGUUUCUUCUAUGAAGAUCAAGAAAUAUUUGGAGGAGAGUCAUAUGGGACGCCUUGUGAACAUUUUGAAAGAUGAUCUCAAAGAGACGGACUGCGAUUCCCUAGUUAUAGUCCAAUACCAAUGGGGAGGCGUGUCUAGAUUUGCUGAAUUGGAAAGAUCUGGAGUCAUGGUACUUAAAUACAAAUCUGAUGAAGGAUUCCGAGAAUCUCUUUUGAGGAUCAAAUCACAAGUUGUUAUCGAAGGACGUGACGAAACUGGUGUCCUAACAUAUAAAUCCUUACCGCGUGUCAGUGAGCAAAAUAUUGAUCCAAUCGCUUUUAUUGUUGACAAUGAUGAAGACGAGGAUGAUGAACAAUUUUCGGUUUCAAAAGAUGUCUCAGAACCGGACACAGAUACCCAAGCCUGGUUCCGCCAGAUUCAGGAUUCUCCCCGAGCUCAAGAAGCGGCCAAAAAGAUCCAAGACUGGUUGCGCAGAGCUCACAUACGACGACAAAAUUCUCGUGAAUUUGUUCAUGACCAGGUUCUUUACAAUGACGUAAGAGAUUUCUGCCAGGAUGUAACCCACUGGGAGUGUGCCGUGAAACAGAAGGGAGAAAUGGUAGUACGUCAGUAUCAUAUUCUCUUGAGAGGUUUGGCAGUAAACGUAAUUGCGGAGCUGACUAAGCUGCAGGACAAAAUGGAUAGAAUCAAGAAUCAAUUGAAAAAAAAAAUCAAUGAUCCCUUUACGGAUGGAGAGAAUCUCGAAAUUUAUUUGAAUCUUGAGGAUGACCUAAAGUUAGUUGACAUUCAUUUGACACUUCUGUUGGCGAUUUUCAUUUAUCAUUCAAACUCAUUAGAAUUUGCGUUUUUUAGGUUCAUCUAUAACGAGAAUAUUAGGCUGGUAUUAGACUCAAUAUCAACUACUGAGAACAUGGAGAAACACGAAGAAGCGGACAUUGAAUGGUUGAAAGAAGAAUUGCAGCAGGCAAGGGAUACCAUCGAUCACGUUGAGGAAUGGAUAGACGAUAAUUGCAAUGAAAUUUGA